AAAAAAAAAAAAAAAAAAAAAAAAGAGAGAAAGAAAGAAAGAAAAGAAAAGAAAAAUGUUGUAUUUGACCAAAGACCUAUUCCCGGUCUUUAUACCGCUGGGUGUAGUUGGAUUCUAUCGCUAUCUCUGGUUCAUAAUCAAGCUAUUGGCUUGGUUCUUUUAUCGACCCAUGAUGCCCAAACAAAAUCCAACUUACAGACCCGAAUACGACGUAACCAUCAUUGUCCCCACGAUCGAUGCAGGAGAAGAGUUCAAGGAAGCAGCACAUUCAUGGUUGGCCAAUAACCCCAAGGAGAUCAUCAUCAUUACUGAAACUAAAAUGAAGGACGCACUUCAGGAGCUAGCCAAUUCCGUCGAUCCUACCAGGAUCAGGGUUCUGACGGUCCCCAAGGCCAAUAAACGAUUGCAAAUGGUAGAAGGAAUCAGGAAUACGACCAGUGAGAUCAUCGUCUUUGCAGAUGACGAUGCUAUCUGGGGACCUCAAUGUUUAGAAUAUAUCCUGGCUUGUUUCGAGGAUCCCAACAUGGGAGGUGUGGGUACAUCUCAGAUUGUAAAAUCUGUGGGACGAUAUCAGACCGUCUGGGAAGUCUUGGCUGGGUUCCGUCUCACAAUCCGUAAUAUUGAAAUUGCAGCUUCGACUCAUAUCGACGGCGGUGUUUGUUGUCUGUCUGGUCGUACAGCGGCAUAUAGGACAUGUAUCCUCCAGGAUCCUCAAUUUCAAUAUGAAUUCACACACGAUUUCUGGUUAGGCAAGUAUCCUCUUAACUCGGGCGAUGACAAGUUCUUAACCCGUUGGAUGGUCUAUCAUGGCUGGAACACUUAUAUUCAAGUUUGUAAGGAAGCCGAAUUGUUAUCAACCUUCAAGAACAACUGGAGAUUUGUGAAGCAAGUGCUGAGAUGGACCCGAAAUACUUGGCGUUCUGAUUUCCGAUCUAUGUUCAUGGAGCGACGCAUUUGGAGCCGACACCCCUAUGUGGCCUUCACAAUGAUCGACAAGGUUUUCAACCCCAUCACUCUACUCUCAGGCCCUAUCUCUGUCAUUGUGAUGGCCUGCCAGGGCAAGUUUCAUUUGCCGAUCUGGGAUAUUGCCAUCUCGUAUAUUGUCUGGCUGAUGAUGACUCGCAUUAUCAAGCUGUUGCCUCACUUAUUCAAGCGGCCUCAAGAUAUCAUCUGGGUCCCAGCCUUCUUGCUUUUUGGUUAUUAUUUCGCUAUCAUGAAGAUCUAUGCCCUCUUUACUUUGCAUGAGGUCGGAUGGGGAACUCGUGCCGGUAUUGAUCAAACGCCUGCUGAGAUCGCGCAAGAGAAGGAGAAACAACAGCAAGCAAUGGAUCAGCAACAGGAGAAGGGCAUCUACGAUGCAGAGCAGGCUGCUCUUAACGCUGCGGCCGCAGCUGCAGCUGCGACUGCCUACGAAGAGCAACAUAGUACCCCUUCAAGGCCAUUCGCAGGCGAGAUCCCAAGGCCUGAAUCGCCUGGAAGCGCUGAGCUCAUCCGUCAUUUCAGCCAAGCACAACAGCGUCAAGCGCGGCAAGUACAAGCAAGUCGUAACCCCCGUGAUGAAGCCGAUCCAGAUGUGUACGAGUACAAUCAAGACGAUGAGCUGGCUCAAUACUUUGCACAAUCCGACGCGGGCUUGGGUGUUAAUGACGGCAGCAGCAGCAACCAUGGAUAUGGCCAGUACUACGACAACUUUGAACACAUCGAUCAAUAUGGCCGUGGAGGAACUAUUGGUCACGGAAGAAACAACUACUACAAUAACAACACCAGCAGUAGUACCAAUGUUGAUACCUCAGCUGCUCAGAGUCCAUCAGUACGGCCUGGAUAUUUGUAAUUCUAAAACGUUUUUCUCUGGCCGUAUUUUUUUAUUAUUCUCAUAACUAUCUGCAUCAUAAUUUUCCCCUAAUUUCAUCUCCGAGCCCACUACCGCUAUUCAACAACCUUUUUUUAUUUUAUUUUUUUUUAUUUUAUUUUUUUUGCAAGCCUGCAUCAAUACCCCAUAAAAAUCAGCUUACCAGAACAACUAGAUUGCAAUAUUCAUUAAAGGCAUACUCAUACAAAUGAUG